AUGUCUAAUUCCGAGGCUCCCAAUAACGAGCAGCUCUCCAAUGGAGCCGCGGCUGCAGCCAUGAUGAUGGAAAGGCAGCAACAACAGCAGCAGACCCAGCAACAGCAAACGGCGCAGCAACCCUCCUCUAACGGCGUCUUGGCCGUCAAGAAGCCGCCCUCCAAGGACCGUCACAGCAAAGUCGACGGCCGCGGCCGCCGCAUCCGCAUGCCCAUCAUCUGCGCCGCUCGUGUCUUCCAGCUCACACGUGAGCUCGGCCACAAGUCCGACGGCCAGACCAUCGAGUGGCUCCUCCGUCAGGCCGAGCCCUCCAUCAUCGCCGCCACCGGAACUGGAACCACUCCCGCUAGCUUCUCCACCGUCUCCGUCUCCCUCCGCGGCGGCGCCUCCACCGCCACCUCUCUUUCCAACUCCUCCACUACCACCUCCUCCGACCACAAGCCCCUCCUCGGCGGCGGCGGCCCCACCCCCUUCAUCCUCGGUAAGCGCAUGCGCACCGACGACGACGGCAAGGAUUCCGACAACCACCACGGCGGAAACGACGGAGGAGGAGCGGUGUCGGUCGUCGGUCACCACUCCAUGAGCUCCAUGCUGGGCCCUGCCGCCGCAGCCCAAGGAGGGUUCUGGGCGCCGCACUUCGGGCAAGUCUGGAGCUUCGCCGCGACGCCGCCGCCGGAGUUGAUGAGUCAGCAGCAGUCGGUGUCGCAACAGCAUUCGUUGUUCUUGCAGCAGCAGCCGAUGGGGGAAGCGUCGGCGGCCAGAGUGGGAAAUUACCUUCCAGGCCAUCUCAAUUUGUUGGCUUCUUUGUCGGGCGGGCACGGCAAUUCGGGUCGGAGAGAAGAUGACCCGCGUUGAUUCGACCCGAUUAGGUGGGUUCGUGGCUGCUGCUAGUCUACUACUACUACUGCUGGUGGUGCUUUUGCUGGUAUAUAUAAAUAUGUGUUCGUUCUGUUCCUGCUCUUUUUUCUUUGUGUGUUUUUAGGGAGAAGUGAGUGAGUAAUUAUUUCUUUUUCCUUCUUUGGUUUAGUGGAUUUUAAGGGUUAGGAUUUAACUAAGCUUUGGCUGGAACAAGAAUAAUGGAUGGUUUGUGCAGUGCAGUGCAGUGCAAAUUUGUGAAUUUUAAGCAUGGAAUUCAAAUUAGGGGUCUUUUUAGGGUUCAUAUUGCUUUAGGAUUUGGGGGGUUUUGUUGGGAGGUGGGAGAGAGAGAAUGAAGAAGAAUUAGGGUUUUAGAUGAUGGGGCUUUUGCUGCUGUAAUUGGAAGGGCUUUCCAGACUUUUAAUUUUAUCAAACUAUUUAUUUCC